GUGCAUACAAACAAGGAAUUUGACUCCGGUUUUUCUUUGCUCUCAGACAGUACAGAACAAUGACACAACCAACAGAACAACAACUUUUUUUUUUGUUUCCUACAAAUACCAAUAGUGCAAUGGGUGCAAUGUGGAUAGUGCAAAACUAUAUACAUAUACAAUAUAUUCAGACUGUUGAGAAAACUUAUGUGCAGGUUGUAGUGCAAAUGUAGUGGACAAUGCAAUAGCCCACUUGCUGGUGUGUGUCCUUUGUUUGCACACAAGCCAUUACAAGAAAAUACGUAAUUACUUCUGAGAAAUAGAGAGUGGUAGUCUUGAAUCAUAGUUCAUGGAACAUGCCCUCAUCCACAUAAAACAUGUAAUGUUCGAAUGUUAUUGUUCAGAUUGGUCUGACCAUUUACAGUUAGGCAGAAUACAAAGCCCCUGGGUGAAAUUGUUUGCAGGAAGAGGUGAGUGGACCCCAUAAAGACUAGCACUGAUGCAUCAGCUGAGGAGGAUCCUAAUAACUGAUAAGUAGCUAGAAAUAGAUUUCCCCUACAGCCCUUAUUAUGUUACAUAGAUUAACCCAGAACUGCCCAGUAGUCUUGUUCUUGUUACGGAUGAAUCCAAACUUGGGGGUUGGGGGGACUCACAACCCAUGAUCAGUUAAUCUGGGAAUUAUUUUUUCGUUUGGUGUGUAUAAUGUGCAAAAAUAGUGAAAAAUGCCUAUUGUAGCCCAAUUUCCCCCAGUCCAUGGUUAGGACUUAAGAUGUUGUGUUUUUGAUUGUACAGAAUAUUUCUAGUAUUUGUAUCGAUUUUUCCAACGGACAAAAUUCUGAGAUCAAAACUGACUCGUAAGCUGCUUGUUUGAAAUGAUUGUGGUAAUUAUUUAUUUAUGUUUCGAAGUAGGCUACUUUUAGUGUCCGGUCUUUCACUCUUUUGUGAAUCCAUUUGCGCACUUCUGCAUACGGCGCAGCCAAACGUGCGCCAGGCAGUUAGCAUUUACUGUAUACAAGCCGAGUGUGAUUUAUUGUUAAUCAUAAUUUAUGGCCAUAACUGGCGUCUCUUGCGUUGCUCGGGGACCAAACAGACUCAGAAGCAACUCUUCGAAGCAGUCCACAAAUUACUUCACUUCCUCUUAGUUCGCUGUGUCUCCAGUUGGGUAAUACCUCCCGUUUAUUUCAGGGUUUGCUUCAGUUCCCGUUACUUGAUGGUUAAUGAACAGCUAGUGGGGAAAUGCACUGCAGUUUAGUGCACAGUCUGCCGUUACAGCAACGAAAAGGCGAUUUUAAUACUUUUGUCUAACGCUUCUGGAUAUCUGACGGCUUUAAUGUAUCUUGAAAAGCGAUUUCUUUGAGCUUUAGUAAUAGGAUAAAAGAAAUGUAUGCCUUUUUUGUCACGUUUUUUGUGGUUGUAAUCCUCUCCAUUUGUGAAGUCCAGCGAGCAGACACCUGCGAUGUUACCCCUAAGGAUCAGUACAUUGAAGUGGGAUCUGAUGCGGAGGUAGUGUGCCACACCUGUAUCGGUGGCAGAGUCUUCUGGACACUGAACACCAGACCCAUCAAAGAAAGUCUGUCAAAAGCCAUCAACUCCUCACACACAGUACUGACACUAAGGAACUUCACCUACCACAGUGCUUUGGUACAGUGCCACAGUUCAGAUACUCAGCAAAUCCUUGGAGGCACCACCAUCACAGCCUACUCAAAACCCAGCAAAAUAUCAUGCAUAUUGCAUUAUGAAAAUCAGGUGCGAGGUGUACCACAACUGUUCACAUGCAGCUGGGAGCAUCAGAUUCAUUCUUCACAGAAAAUAAACUACACUGUACAUGUUUCCCAGAGUGAAAUCUGCAGCUCACAAAAAACUACAUGUACAUCCAGGGAAAUACAUGGAUCUAAUAAAAUACAUUUGAACAGAAACUUCAGUGUUACUGUGACAGCUAAAACUACUUUCUGGGAAGCCCGCUCCAACCCUGAAGAAUUUGACCCUGGCAGAAUAAUAAAAAUGUUUCCUCCAAGAUUAAAUGUAAACGCCUCGCCUGGUGAGCUCUUGGUUAUGCUGAAAAGCUCAAUAAAAAAGACUCACUGUCAAGUUAAAUACAGCAAGGCUGUCAGCGAGGGAACUUCAGAGAAGGUGCUCAAUAAGACUCUAAAUCCUAAAGAAAUUGGGAAUGUUAUUAUAAAUGGGGAAUCCUGCCGUGACUACAACGUUUCAGUCCGCUGUGCUUUAGACAAGGCCCUCUGGAGCGACUGGAGCCAGACGACAGUUCGAACCCCACUAAAAAAGAAUGAUGUCGAGCUGCUCCUGUGGAGAAAGGUAGCUGAACCUGAGAAAAAUGGAGUUCGAAAAGUUCAUACCAUGUGGAUGGAGAUUCCUCCAACAUGUGAAGGCACAUUUACCUACACUAUCAAAAAGAUUCACCUCAAAGAAGACAUGACUGCAGUAAAUUAUACAGAUACUUUAUGCAGCAAUUCAACUUGUGACGUGGAUGUGAACCAAGAUGCACACAGAUUAAAUCUCACAGUCUUCCAAAAGGAAUCCCUGGUUGCCGAGGACUCUGUUUAUGUUCCAGCCAUUGGAGAGCGCCUCCCUCAGGUUACUGAAAUCCAGACUUCAACCGCUGAAGGUGUUAUUCUGGUCAGCUGGAAGGCUCCUGCUCAGCCUGUCAGAGGUUACAUGAUCGACUGGACCCAUAAUGGAAAUCAGUAUCGUUGGAAGGAGAGCAAAUACACUAACACAACUCUGGGUGACCUCCUGGAUAAGAAGCCAUACAAUAUCACAGUAACUCCCCUCUUUGAUGACAUGACAGGCCAUGGCACACAGGCCCUUCAGAUCUGCUCCAGAGUAGGAGUUCCAGGAAAUGUCAAAUCCAUCUCUGUUCAACCUUAUGACAAAAGUGUCCACGUGAAAUGGAAUACAGACUCACAGGAGGAAUGCAGUGGUGAUGUUAUCAACUACACAAUCUUCUACAGUACUCAGAAAGGACCAGUGCUCAAUGUUACUGUAAAUAGCACGAAUCAGGACAUCUUUUUAAAGGAUCUGCAUCCAGACACCCCAUACAGCUUCUACAUCGAAGCCACAGGUCUUACUGGAACUACCAAAAGCAGCGAGAGGUCCUUUAAAACCAAUAUAUUUGAUCAGAGGCUCAUCACAACACUCAUUGUCUCUGGAAUCAUCGUUACAGUCCUUGUGUUAUCUCUUGGAUUAUGCUGUGCUAUUCAAUGGAAGAAGUUCAGGGAGAAGCCGGUGCCUAACCCAGGCCUCAGCUCUCUGGCAUUGUGGCCAGGUCAUCAAAAGGGAGUGUGCCCCUUCCAGGCAUUCAAUAAUCCAUCUGAAAGCUUCUGUGAAAGAGUUUACACAGAGGAAACUCAGAGAAUAUCCACCCCUCCACUUGCUACAGGCUGUAAUAGCAAGCGAACCAGUGACCAGACUGUGGAAUAUACUGACCCAGCCAUUCUUGCAACAGACGCACAGAAAGGGAAAACAUUACAACUUGUAGAGACAGAGCAUCAUAAUUCUUCUGGAGAAUCCACAGCAUUACUGUCUUCAGAAAACAGCCCAUUCAACCCAUACAGAAGUCAGAGUUCUGUGGAAACUCCUGCCCUAAUGACAAAUAAACAACAUAAGCAUAUGUCAGUGAAACAGCAAGAAAAGACAGCACCAGUGACUGUUUACGUCACUCUGAACAUGUUUGAACAAGGUCAGGGCAGGUGAGAGCUGUGGAAACACAACUAAUAACAACAAUCCAAGCAUCAAGAUAUUCAAGCAUAUCAACUCUGAAUAAAGCUUUCCAAAGUUCAUCUUUCCGAAGACUUCCAUAGUGGUAUGUUGCCUGGCACUGUGUCCAAUGUGGAAUCAAAGUAAAAAAUAAUGGCUGUAAUAUUAGCUCAGACUUUGUCAACCAGGUAAUAAAAUGCAGUGUGUCAUGUAAAUUUCAUGUACAUUUUGCUACUGUCUAUUCUUUAUAUCGAAACAAACAUGUAAUAUUUAUGGCUAAACAAUGUGUGUAGUGGCAGGUUUAUUAAAUCAACCUGAUGGACAUAUACUGAGAUAAUUGUCUAUGCCUCUAGGAAUAGUUUUUCAUUUGAAAGGACUUAAGCUAUUUGACUGAUGUUCAGCAGUGACAACAUCCACACCAUAAUGUUUACUGAUUAAUCACACUGAUGCCAACAUUGUGCAGCAGAGGCUGACAUAUGUAUACGUACAGAUUGUAUAAUAAUAUACAAUAACCUCCUCCAGCUCGUGCAGUGACAGCAUGCAAAUGUAAAAAGUGGAACUGAUAUUUUGUUGUAACCAUAAUAAAAAUUAGCUAUGUAUCAUAA